AUAUCUGUCACGGCGCGGACCGAGCUUGCAUUAUUACGCUGGCGGGCCGCGCGAGGUGCACGCGACCGAUGCAGAAGAAACCCCGUGUGUUCACUUAUUUAUCGUGGCCCCGAGCAAACUGAUCGUGAAGCGUGCUCUGAAUUUUUCACGGGGACCGUUCUUGUCCCCGCCGCGAGCUCGCCCGGCUGAAAUUCAAAGCGAACGGCGUAACACGACAACGGGGCAGCUUCGAUCCCCGUUUAAAAUAUUGAACCGGUGAUUUCGCGCGGACCGUCGCGGGCGUUGGAAGAGGAGCACCGCGCGCAAUCGUGCCGCUAUAGCCAGGCAAGAUGCGCUCCGCGAUCCUGUUACUCUUGGCGGUCUCGUUGAUCCAGCAAUUCCCAGUCGGCAUCGGAUUCAACAUACUCGGAAUUUGCCCCAGCGCCAGCUACAGUCACCAGCAACCUUUUCAGGCAUUGAUGAAAGCUUUGGCAGCUCGCGGGCACAACGUCACCGUGAUAUCAACCAUCCCGUCAAAGAAGCCGAUCAAGAAUUACGAGGACAUCGAUUUGUCGUUCACUUAUCGGAAGAACGACUGCACCGGGUUGAGGCACAUGGGGGCUUUCGCCAUUCUGCGGAAGAACAUGCGAGAGUCGAACGAGCUGUGCGAGGAGCAACUGUUCAGCCCGGCGAUCGAGGGCCUAAUCUCGAGGAACAAGACCUUCGACGCAGUGAUUAUCGAGCAAUUAUGGUUCCAGUGUUAUUACGCCCUCGUCAAGCAUUACAACUCGCCGGUGCUAAUCGGAUUUUUGAGCGUCGGCAACCUGCCGUACGUAAUGGACUCCGUCGGCAACCCAGACGACGGCCAGCUGAACCCAGACAUGGCAUACCCAUUCACGAACAAAAUGUCGUUCACCGAACGCAUCCGCAACAUCGUCUACACCACCUGGACCAGACUUUACUACAAAUACCGUCACUUGCCGAGGGCGCAAAAGGUCGUGGACAAGUGGACGCCGGGCGCGUCGGUCGCGGACAUGGACAGGAACUUCAGCCUCGUGAUACUGGGAAACAAUCACGUGUUCGGCUACCCGAAGCCUCUGCUGCCGAACGUGAUCGAAGUUCACAGCCUGCAGAUCACCGAGAAACGAGAGGCUUUGCCUAAGGAUGUUCAAGAAUUCCUGGACAACGCGGCGCACGGGGCGAUCUACUUCUCUCUGGGUUCGAACCUGCAAACUCAUCAACUGCCGGCCGGCCCUUUGACCGCGCUGUGCAACGCGCUCAGCUCGCUCAAGCAAAGAGUACUAUGGAAAGACGCUGGGGACAUGGCCAUUCAUCCAGCUAACAUUAAAUUUGUGAAGUGGGCGCCCCAGCAAGCGGUUUUAGCACAUCCGAAAGUGAUGGCCUACGUGAUGCAGGGCGGAUUGCAGUCGUUGCAAGAGGCGGUGCACUAUUCUGUGCCUGUAGUCGCCAUUCCCUUUUUCGGGGAUCAACUUUUCAACGCACGUAAAAUCCUGGACGCCGGUAUCGGACUUACAUUGAACAUCGAUACCAUCACGGAGGAAUCCAUCGUACAGACCCUCACCGACGUUAUAGAAAAUAAAACGUAUUAUGAUAAUAUCAAGACUAUGUCGGAGAUCAUAAAGGACGAAUUGGUGAACCCUAUGGACAGAGCAAUUUGGAACGUUGAGCACGUGAUCAAAUUUUCAAAAUGGGGACACAUGCGUUACUAUGGCCACGAGAUCUCAUUAGUUGAUUACUAUGGCACGAUCCUGAUCUUGAUUGCGUUGCCUUUAGUAUUGUUAUACUGGAUUUAUUAUCGAAUUUUUCGUAAAUGGUGGAAAAUUAUGCUGGAUCACUGUCGUAACUAUAUCGUAGAAAAAUUUCCGCAUCUUUUGAAAUUAAAAGACGAAUGAUAAUUUAAAUCGCACAUUUAACUCGUCAAGGAUAUUAUUAAACAAAAAAUUGUAUACUUUUCCUAGACAUUAAAACUCUGGAAUUCAUACUUAUCGUCGUUAGAUAAUAUUUAAUUGAAAAUAUCAAUCGUGAUAAGAAGAAAGAUUCUUAUCACUUUAUGAUAUUCUAUCAUCUCGAAACUGUACUACCAACAACCAAUCUCCAAAGGCAACAAGGUUUCAUACCGACGAAAACUCGAAACUGGUUUUAAAUAAUUAAGUCUUAAACAAUUGAUUUCACAAAGAAAAUUGUAUAGUAUAUCAUUAUUGUAAGGAAGUAUUAUAAGAAUUCAUUAUGAAAUUCAAUUAAUCGUUAGAACGUACAUGAAAUUUAAAUAAAGACAUUUAUUUCCAUAUACCUCUCUGCGUCUCUACUCAAAUUAAUGUGAGAUUAUAAAUUGAGAGUAAUAUCGAGCUAAUGCGUUUGAAUUUAAAAUCUGCAUAAUUAGUUGCACGAUACAAUAUCAAAUGGAAUACUUCGAUAGAAUAUGCUGUGGCUGCCUGACUCCAGAUUU